AUGACGGGACGGUCGCGCCGCGGGGUCAAAUUCCCCCACACCAAGCAGCACUCCAACGGUCAAUCCGACGGUCGUCGCCUGAGCUUCAGCGAUGUCAGCGAAGAUGGCUCGCCGUCAAAGACAAGGCCCAGCGGGGCCCUUGAAAACAUCCAAGAGAAACCCCCAACGGCCGAAGAGCAACAGUCCGAGUACGAAAAGAAAAAGGCCAACUUCAUUACGCGCACGUUCUGGACUUUUGUCAUGAUUGGCGGCUUCUUCGCGGCCCUGUUCAUGGGCCAUGUGUAUAUCUUGGUGAUCAUAACGGCCGUGCAGAUAGUGUCCUUCAAGGAAGUCAUCGCCAUCGCCAACGUGCCGAGCCGCGCUCGCGAUUUACGGUCGACCAAGAGCCUGAACUGGUACUGGCUUGCGACGACCAUGUACUUCCUGUACGGCGAGAGCGUGGUGUACUACCUCAAACACAUCGUGCUGGUCGACCGGGUGCUCCUGCCCCUGGCCAUCCAUCACCGCUUCAUCAGCUUCAUUCUCUAUGUCUUUGGUUUCGUCUUCUUCGUGGGCUCGCUCAAGGCUGGUCAUCUCAAAUUCCAGUUCUCGCAGUUUGCCUGGACGCACAUGGCGCUGUUCCUCAUCGUGGUCCAAGCGCACUUCAUCAUGAACAACGUGCUUGAGGGCAUGAUUUGGUUCUUCCUGCCCGCCGCCCUCGUCAUUACCAAUGACAUCUUUGCUUAUAUCUGCGGCAUCACAUUUGGGCGUACGCAGCUCAUCAAACUCUCGCCCAAGAAGACGGUCGAGGGCUUUGUUGGCGCAUGGGUCAUGACAGUUCUGUUCGGCAUUCUGCUCACCAACAUUCUGCUGCGGUCUCAGUACUUCAUCUGCCCGGCCACGGAUCUCGGCGCCAACAUCUUCACGGGACUGGAGUGCGAGCCGAACCCCGUCUUCAUCCCGCGCACCUACUCCACCCCGGAGCUGUUCUUCCUGCCGUCCGGCUACAGGUGGAGCGUCACGAUGGCGCCCAUGCAGAUCCACACAUUCUUCUGGGCGAGCUUUGCCUCGCUCAUUGCGCCGUUUGGCGGCUUCUUUGCGUCCGGCCUGAAGCGGACGUUCAAGAUCAAGGACUUUGGAGACUCUAUCCCCGGCCACGGCGGCAUGACGGAUCGCAUGGACUGCCAGUUCAUCAUGGGACUAUUCGCCUUCAUCUACUACCACACGUUUAUCGCCAUCAAGAGGACUUCGGCGAGCGAUGUCAUGGAGAUGGCCAUCAUGGGCCUGACGGCGGACGAGCAGCUCGAGGUGAUGAAGGGCUUGUUGAAGUAUCUGUCGAACCAGGGUGUUGUUGGGCACGAGGUAUGUGAAGUCUGGCUGAUCGCACUCACAAUCUGGCUAACUCGUUGCAGGCACCGGCCGCGUUUGAUAAACUUCUGUCAGAGAGCAGAAUAG